UCCGACUCCUCCGUUCCGGCCCACUCCUCAGGUGUCCGAAAAGCUGUUUUCGCGCGUCACCAAGUACCACGCGCAAAUUGGCGCCACCGUCAAGAAGGCGCGCGCUGCUCCCAGCAGCCCCCUUCCCGCCCGGGAGCGCCUCCGCCGAUUCCGAGCGCCGCUCCCUCGCAGGACACUCUCAACCAGCUGGAGUGGAACCUGCUCACCGAAGCAAAGGAGCAGGCACGGCCGCCCCGCGAGCAGCGCCGCCGCCCCGCGCGCGCGCCCCGACCCGCCCCUUGCGCUCGCCGCGCCGCGCCCGCGCCCCUCGCCACAGCCUCCUGCCUCUCACCCCGCCUCUCUUCCUUGCUCGGCCUCCAGUUCCACCGUGGCGAGUACGAGAUGGCGCUCAACACCUUCACCGCCUGCCUCGCGGUGCGUGCCCGCCCGCCCGGGAGCCGGAGGGGCCCAGCCUGCAGCGCAGCUCCGACUCUCACCCCUCCCGCCCCGGACUUCCUCCCCGCCUCCCCUGCUGCGCCCGAGCCUCUCCCCCCCCGCCGCUCACCCCUCUCACUCGGCUCGCGCUCCCCUCGCGCUCUUCAGGUGACGGAGAAGACGCGCAACUCGAAGGACUUCGCGGUCCGCGGCGCCAUCGUCCACAACAUCGCCUCCUGCCUCCACCACCUCGGCGAGAUCGAGGCGCGCAGCCUGCUAGAGUCGCAGCCUGCUAGAGUCGCAGCCUGCUGAGUCGCAGCCUGCUAGAGUCGCAGCCGGCUAGAGUCGCAGCCUGCUAGAGUCGCAGCCUGCUAGAGUCGCAGCCUGCUAGAGUCGCAGCCUGCUAGAGUCGCAGCCUGCGCCUGCAGACCUCCGCACCGCGAGACUGCGCCCCGCGAGGCUG